AUGAAAAGUUACGAACAGGAAAACCUAAUAAAACAGUCAGAACUGUUGUUCUACCCUAAGAAGGCUAGUUUAGAUUUGAAAGAGUUUGUAAACAGAAAAAGGAAGAAGGAUAAGUUAACUGAGCUUGUCAAAAAAAUUUCAUCAUCAGUAAUAGGGCUGGGUGAUGAGUUAUGGUAUGGUACAACUGUUGAAAACAUAGGAAGCUCCCCUACUGGUAGUGCUUUCAUCUUUUGGAGUAGCAGAAAAUACUCGACGCAGUUAAGAUCCAUUGACUUGCGGAUUUGCAAAAGUUAUAGACUUGGGAAAAAUGUUAGCAAGUCAGAUACUGCAGUUUGUUAUCACGAACAUUUUAACAACUUCAUAGUUUUAUUUAAAGAUGGAAAUGGAUUUGUUGAUUUUUCGUAUGAACAGUACAAAAAAUCGGCAUUGAAACUGAAACAGAUGUUUGUAAAUAUUGGAAAAUCUUCUGUAUCUCGAAAAAAUGCCAUUUUAACAGAAUUUUCCCUCGAUGCAUGGAGAAAAUUGAAGCUGAAAGAUGAAGAAAGCCACUCGUUCCUUGUUUGCAAGGCCUGCAUACGUAACGAAAAAUUUAGGCUGCCACUUUCUUUCUUUCAAACUAAAUCCAAAUGUGGGAAAAGGAAAGCAGAGGAUGCGGGUUUGUAUAAGCCUCACAAACAAAAAAUAAUAGAGGUGGCCUCUGAUACUGUGGCAUCUUUAAAUCAACAGUUUAAGAAGGAUCACAGUAUCACUUUUACGAAAGCCAUAACUCUGUCAAAUUGUGUUAAGGAAAAAGAAACGAAGAGAGAUUUAUGUAGGGCCAUAAAAUCUGAUAUGGAAAAGCAGUGGAAAGAAACAUCUGUUGCCAGGUAUUUGAAAAGGGUAUUACAGUAACUGAAACAGUAUAUACUUAGCUAGAUAUAGAUUAUUACUUUAUUCCUCGAAACCUAUGAGAAAAACUUUCAAAAUUUUUGAAAAUCUGUUUGAAAUCUGUUUUGGAAUUGGAGAAGUUCAUAGAUCUGUUAUCUAAAAAGUGUAAUGAAAAUAUAAGCUUCAAGUUACACAUUUUUUUUUUUAAGAAACUGGUUUUGCAAGGCAGGCUCAAUGUUUCUUAAAAAAUGCAUUUGAGCAUGAAAUGUUUCUUAAACUCUCUUUUUUUCUUUUUAAUAAACUUUGAUUCUUUCUAUUUCUUCUGUUUUUAUGAUAUGUUAUUCAUUAAAGUUAUGUUGCAUUCGCCCUUAAAUUAAGACUUGUUUUUACAACAAAUAUGAACAUUAUGAAAAUAAAAUAAGAAAUUCAAAUGGGUAUAAAGAAGUAAUUAUUUACCACCAUUGUUUGAUUUUUUGUUAUUUUAUUCAGGUUAUAUGAAUCCACAACCUCAAAACGCCAACACAAUAGAAAUCGUAUUUCAAAAUCAUUUGAAACUUACAAAAGUGCAAUAUGUAGAUCCGUCAACAACAAAGAUGACAUUGCUGCUGGGUUAAAGCAACCGCAUGAUCAUGUAGGUAAUCCUGCUAAUUAUAGUUGGGAUUCAGUUGGCUGUCUUGCUAAAGUUGGCAGCUUGCCUGAUGGUCAUGCAGUUAAUUACACCCAGCUUGCCAAUGAAUUCACAUUGUUAAAUGCAAAAGGGGAUACACCCAAGAAUGCUGGCCAAGUGAUUAAGACAUUUUUAAAUGAUAGUGGUUGUGAUUUGAACCGACUCAAACCAUUCAGUGCAAAGCCAAGGGUUAGAAGGAUGAAGAGAAGACUGCUUGGUACUAAUAUCACUAUGCCGACCGAAGAAAGAAGUGAGGAAAAAGAAGCAAAAAUGAAAGAACUUGUGGCAAAGGUAAUUGUUUUAAUUAAGAAAUUGCAUUUUUUAAGACUUAAAGACGCUUACUCAAAAAAGUUUUUUUAAGGGUGUAUAUUCAGUUGGAGAGUUGUUGGUCCCGCAAGAGUUUGAAAGUUUGUCCCUUGUCGAUGGAGAAAUUAAAUUUUUAGGGUCUAUAUUUCGGUUAAGUCUGUACUUAUUUUGUUGACAAAAAUUAGGCCGAAGUUAGCAUUAUGUUGUAAAAAGCAAAACUAGUAUUUUUACUGUCAUGACAGAUGCUCAUUGUUUGACUUAUUUUGUGUAAUAGGCAGAAAAACGAUAUCACAACAAUAUGUCAGUCUUUGGCGAAAAAGCACAAACCGUAUUACCGAUUACACCCAGAUUCUUUUUACGACAAAAUCGAUAAUGAAACACUGGUUAUCGAAUUAAACAGAUUGGACCUGUGCGUUGAUGACCAAGACUUCGACGCGUCUGUAGCACUUUUGAAGAAGCUGCAACGGCAACGUCAUUUCGGGAAUUGGCAUGAUACAUCGUCAUCUUCUAAUCACUCGCAUCUACUUAUUACAAUGUUCUGUUUAUUUGACAAAGCUGUUUUUUACACUGAUGAAGAAUAUUUUGAGAAGACAGGUAAGGUUUUAGACGUUUUAGGUACUAUUUAGGAGCGAAAAAAGUUCUUAACUGUAUGUUCCUCGUAUUUUCGAAAUACAUAUUAUAACUGGAUAAUAUCCGGUUGAUAAAUAAAA